CGCUCGACGACGGAUGCUCACCCGCCGCCUGCACGUGCACGCGGGGCUCGCGCCCGCGCUCCCCGGGGCGCCGCCCUGCCCCUGGCGCGUGCCGCUGGGCCCCCGCCAGGCCGCUCCGGGCGGCGGCCCGCCGGCGGCCUGGCGCCACUGCGCGGCGCCGCUGGCGUCCGCGGCGGCGCUGCUGGCGGGCGGGCGCAGGUUCCACUCGCAGAGGCAGCCCAGGCGCCACAUCGCCUUCGACUCCCAGCACUCGCCCCCGCCUCCGGUGGACGCCGCGGUGGAUGCUGGCGCUCUGGGGCUGCUCGCCGCAGGGCCUGGCGCGGCGAAAGGCAGGGAGCAGUGUGCGCAGGCAGACGGCGCUGCGUUGAGCAAAACGCUGGGGGAGCACUUCGGGUUCAGCAGCUUCAACCCAGGGCAGCUGGAGGUCGUGGAGGCGGUCCUGGCCGGGCGGGACGCGGCUGUCUUCUGGGCCACUGGCGCCGGCAAGUCGCUCUGCUACCAGUUCCCGCCCCUGCACUCCAAUACUGGAUCUCGAUAGUGGUCACGCCCCUGAUCUCGCUGAUGAUGAACCAGGUCUCCAAGUUCAACGCGACCGUGGGGGCCACGGACGGGGCGCCCCGUGCCUGUUUUCUGGGGUCGAUGCAGGUGGACAGGCACAUGGAGAGCGAGGUCCUUCACGGGGCGUACACCAUGGUGUACGUCACGCCCGAGAAGCUCAUGUCCGGAUUCCUGGAGCGCCUCGGGCCUCUGCGGGACGCUGGCAGGCUGAGCCUCAUCGCCAUCGACGAGGCCCACUGCAUCUCGGAGUGGGGCCACGACUUCCGGCCCGAGUACCGGCAGCUGAGGUCCAUCCGGGAGAAGCUCCCUGGCGUGCCCCUGGUCGCCCUCACGGCCACCGCCUCUCCGGAGGUGCAGCGCGACAUCAUCGGGCAGCUCUGCCUGCGGGACCCGCAGGUGUCGCUGUACACCUUCGACCGUCCCAACUUGGCCCUCGCAUGCACGCGCAAGCAGGGCAAGAAGGCCGACUUCAAGCGGAUCGCCGAGCAGGUCGCCGGUGCUGGUUCCACCAUCGUGUACGUGCCCACGCGGGACGCGGCGGACGAGCUCGCAGAGUUCCUGGCAGGAGCGCUGCGGCCUGCCGGGCGGACGGCCGCCAGCUACCAUGCCGGGAAGGGCCCCGUGGAGCGCGAGAAGGCGCACCUGGACUUCCUGAGCGGGCGCACCGAUGUGCUCGUGGCCACAAUUGCGUUCGGCAUGGGCAUCGACAAGCCAGACAUCAGGCGGAUUCUGCACUACGGAGCUCCGAAGACGGUCGAGGAGUACCUGCAGCAGGUCGGCCGCGCGGGGCGCGAUGGCCUGAAGGCAAACUGCGAGCUCGUCUUCAGCGACCAGGACUUCAACAACUACAGCUCCGACUUCUACGUGGGAGGCCUCCCCCCCGAUCAGCAGGAGCACCAGCUGAGGUCCACGGACGCCCUGAGAGAGUUCGCCUCCGGCUGCCACUGCCGCCGGGCAUGGCUGCUCAAGUACUUCGGGGAGGAGCCCUCCUUCGGGCAGCGGUGUGGCACCUGCGACACCUGCGUCCAGGGCGCGGACCACGCGGACGACCUGCGGAGAGACUUCCGGGCGCCGGCGAGGCAGAUCUUCGAGGCGGUUGCCGCGGUCGAGAGCUCCCCGCAGUCGACGACCACGCUCCUCGCCAUCAUAGCCGGUUCCUGGAAGCCUAAAGUCCCGAGGCAGGGCGACCGUGGCCUCAAGGAGGCGAUGGGCCGCAUCCAGGCGAUGAGGCAGGGCCUGCCCACGCACUUCUGCCAGCGGGACUUCGUCAAGGAGCUGCUCCAGGCGCUCUGCAGCGAGGGCUUCCUGGAGAGGCGCAGCGAGACUAUGUCCUCUGGCCGCGGCAACAGGAGGUGGGACGUGUACGUCCGGACCGAGAAGGGGCGGGCCGCGCACGAGCAGGGCGGGGAGGUGCCCCUCGUGGUCCCGCAGAGCGUGCGCCAGGCCGAGGAGGCGGAGCGCAAGAGGACGGAGAGGGCGAGGCGCGAGCUGGAGCGGUCCGGGGUCGAGCUCCAGAAAGUGCCGGUGGAGGAGGUGGACAGGGGGGAGGGGCCGACCCUCUCGGCCCACCUCCGGUGGACCAAGCGGCUGAAAGACUACCGGAAGAUGGGGGAGACGGAGCGAGCCGAGAAGCUCGAGGAGCUCCUCGAGCGCAUCCGGCGCUGGCGGGAUGGCGUGGCGGAGGGUCUGAAGGUGGCCCCCAGUGCCCUCCUGUCUGAGAAGAUGCUGCUCGACCUGGUGUACACGCAGCCGACGUCGGCGGAGGCCCUGCGGUCGGUCGGGCUGCGGCUGGCUGGUGUGGAAGAGCUGGCUCAGCUCAUCCGUGACGCCGUGGACGAUCUGGACGGACGAUCUGACUCGGACCAGCUGCAAGAAGGGGAGCGGGGUGGGGCAGCUGCGGCGAUGGUGCUGCCCGAAGGCCUGUGUACUUUCCCCAGAUGGGAGAAGGCGGUCGCCGGGCCAGGGAAGGAUGGUGUCGAGCAGGCCUGGGUUGGUCGCUACAAUCGUUGGGCCUCUGGGGAGCAUCUGCAGGCGAUCGCCAUGGAUGGUGGAAAGAGUGGGGCCGCACUCCUGAUCCGCAGCGUUUUAAGGAACAUGUUCACAGCUGUCACGCAUGGUAAGCCCGUGGACUUCGCGAGACUCAUCAGCGAAUCGGGCUCUUGUCCACCCACAGAGGAGGAGUGGAGUCGAAUCGAGGCAGCUGCAUCCGCGAGCGGUCAGGACGUCGAUGCCCACGGGUACAGGUCAUCAUCAGUGGUCAGUAGCAUCUUGAGCGACGGGCAGCACGGCAGGUUAGGGAAGGAGGAGUGGUAUCUCCGAGUCCAGUGGUGGGAGCUGCUCAAGCGGGUGAAGUGCCCCAUCUCCUUCGACGGAGGGCACGCGGCGUCGGCGUGA